AUGUUUAACAUUUUUGUAAGAAAUUUUUCCAAAAAGGCUGGCUGGUCAUGGAUAAAAAACAGAAGAGGAAGGAAAAAGAUUCUUUCGAUAAGCUAUCCUCCAAAAGAUAGAAGUAAUAUUAUAAAGUUAUCUGAUGAUAGUGAUAAAUUAAUAUUUAUAUGUAAUGGAAAAUUAAGAAAUAAUUUUUUGAGUACUGUAAAAAACAUGAAGGAAACAAAAUGUAUCAUAAAAAAUAAUAAUAUUACAACACCUUGCUUAGUUAUAUCCAAAGCCAAAUGUCAUACAUUAUUGGAACUAUUUACAUAUGAUGAAAUAUUACACUUAGAAAAGCUAUCACCACAUAUAUUAAAGUUAUUUGAAGAAGCUGAAAAACGAUUAGAAGAAAACAAAGAAAAUUGUAUAUUGAGAAAGCAUGAAGCUCUUAAAUUUAGAUUGAUAAAAUAA